AUGGGCAUCACCAAGUUUCUCACCGCUUUUCCUUUACUUGUGAUGCUUAUGUUCGGUAACACUUUUUCCUCCGAAACCACAAUCUUCAAGCCAUACAAAGAUGAAAACUUUGGUUCUUUGGUCGCGAAAGCGUGCCAAUUCAUCGAUGCUCACGAGGCGUGUGUCUCUAACAUCCGGACGCAUAUUAAGGAAUCCGGUCACGGGUUCAACCCGCAUUCGGUUUUAAGUGCCGCGGUAAAGGAAGCACACGACAAAGCCAAACUAGCUAUGGAAGGAAUCCCAACGGUGACGACGUUAUCUUUCCGUUCCCGCGAACAAAUUGCAAUAGAGGAUUGCAAAGAGCUUGUAGGAUUCUCGGUGACAGAGCUAGCAUGGUCCAUGCUGGAAAUGAACCAACUCCACGGAGGAGGAGGAAUAGAUGGUGAUUCUCACGACGCUGCUGCAGCAGGAGGCAAUCUUAAGACAUGGCUAAGCGCAGCGAUGAGUAACCAAGAUACUUGUCUCGAAGGUUUUGAAGGAACAGAGAAAAAGUACGAGGAAUUGAUCAAAGGUAGCUUAAGACAAGUUACUCAGCUCGUGAGCAAUGUCCUAGAAAUGUAUACACAACUAAAUGCCUUGCCUUUCAAGGCAUCUAGGAACGAGAGCUCCAUAACGAGCCCUGAGUGGCUCACGGAGCGUGAUGAGAGCCUCAUGAAGCACGUCAACCCCAGCGCGAUGCUCCCAGACGUGGUCGUGGCGCAAGAUGGAAAAGGGAAGUAUAGGACGAUUAAUGAGGCCAUCAACGAGGCUCCUAACCAUAGCACAAAGAGAUAUGUUAUAUACGUUAAGAAAGGUUUGUAUAGAGAAAAUAUUGAUUUGAAGAAGAAGAAAACGAACAUAAUGCUUGUCGGUGACGGUAUUGGACAGACGAUCAUUACCGGUGACCGAAAUUUCUUGCAGGGUCUUACCACUUUCCGAACUGCAACCGUUGCUGUUUCCGGAAGAGGGUUCAUUGCAAGGGACAUAACAUUUAGAAACACAGCCGGGCCGCAUAACCGUCAAGCAGUCGCAUUGAGGGUCGAUUCUGACCAAUCUGCCUUCUACCGAUGCAGCAUGGAAGGUUACCAAGACACACUUUACGCUCAUUCCCUACGUCAAUUCUACAAAGAAUGUGAAAUCCAUGGUACCAUUGAUUUCAUAUUUGGAAAUGGCGCCGCGGUUUUACAGAACUGUAAAAUCUAUACCCGGGUUCCACUACCGCUCCAGAAGGUAACGAUAACCGCGCAAGGGAGAAAAAGCCCUCAUCAGACCACAGGGUUUGUGAUUCAGAACAGUUACGUGUUGGCUACGCAACCUACUUAUCUUGGCCGGCCUUGGAAACUUUACUCAAGAACGGUUUACAUGAACACUUACAUGAGCCAGCUGGUCCAGCCUAGAGGAUGGCUUGAGUGGUUUGGUAACUUUGCGUUGGACACUUUGUGGUAUGGUGAAUACAAUAAUAUGGGGCCGGGUUGGCGGGUUUCGGGUCGGGUUAAAUGGCCCGGUUAUCAUAUCAUGGACAAACGGACUGCACUUUCCUUCACCGUUGGAUCGUUCAUUGAUGGUCGGAGAUGGCUUCCGGCAACAGGUGUCACGUUCACCGCUGGUCUAGCUAAUUAA